CCGCCCCUCCCCUCCCCGCCCCGCUCGGCCUGAUUUACGGCUGUGCUGCAAACGCCUCCCGCAGCCGCUCCGCUCCCGGCUCCGGCGCCGGCACCGGCCGGGGCAGCGCGGCCGCGGGCGGCCACCUCUCGGCCGGGCCGGUCCCGGUGCCCGAAGUUUCCCAAGCUCGCCCCGCCCCGCCGAGGCGGAGGAUGCAGCAGGACGGCGCGGAGCAGGGCGGCUUCCCGUGGCCGGAGCCGCUGCCCGUGGCCGGCCCGGCGCUGCCGUUCCGCUGCCCGCGCUGCGGGGAGCGGGGCCGGUUCGGCAGCCUGGCGGCCCUGCGGGCGCACCUGCAGCACGGCCACGGCGAGCGGCGGGCGCCGGCCGGGGGCCGCCCGCUCCUCCCGCUGCGGGACGCGGCGCCGGGCUCGCCGCCGGAGCCCUGCGGCCGGGGCAGCCCCCCCAGCCGCGGGGCGCCCCUCGCCGCCUUCUGCGACGCCUCCGGAGAGGGGCGGCCGGAGCCGGAGCCGGAGGCGGCCGGGCUGGGUCCCCGCCUCGUCGGUUACCUGCCCGCCGCCGACCCCAAAGCCUCGCUGGAGGCGCACGUCAGGGCGAAGUUCAGCAGGAUGGUGGAGGCCGUGGACAAGACGAUGGAGAAGCGGCUGGACAGGCUGACCGGGGAGCUGGCCCAGAAGACGGCGGAGCUGCUGGAGGUGCGGGCGGCCUUCGUGCAGCUCUCGCAGAAGAAGCAGGAGGUGCAGCGGCGGGAGCGGGCGCUCAGCAGGCAGGUGGACGUGGCGGUGGAGAUGAUCGCGGCCUUGAAGCAGCGCCUCAGCGAGUCCGAGGAGGAGCUGCACAGGAAAGAGGAAGAAGUUGUUACUUUCAACCACUUCCUCGAAGAAGCGGCAGAAAAAGAAUUGCGGGGAAAAGCCAGGCUCCAGCACUUCAUUGAGAACCUGCUGCAGCGCGUGGACCUGGCGGAGAGGCAGCUAGAGUAUUACCAAAACCAGCAGAUCGCCUGCAGCCACAUGGAUGUCAGCGACCACAUGUUUACAGACAUUUCAUUAAAUAAGAAACCCAGAUGCCUGAGCCGAGGAAGUCAACGUGCCUCAUACAACAUCCCCGACACAAAGCCUCAUUCCUUUCAGAAAGGAAGAGUCUUGCUGAAAAAAGCAAAGGAAGAAAAGAACAGUUUGCCGCCGGUCAGAUGCUUUUACGAACCUAUUGAUUGCCCACGAGAAAUAUGGAGAGCCCAAAAGAAAGGUGACCCAGUCUGCUCUGCCAGGAAAGCGAGCGCAAAAUCCAAGAUGGGUAAAAAGAGCAAACAGCUAUAGGAACGGCUAACAAUAUAAAAAGUAACACAGGAGCUUGGCUUCAACAGAACAAAUACUGAAAGAAGUUAAUCAUCCCACUUUUUCCUAUCCAUCUGGCCAUGCCAAAACAUAACAAAUCUAAUAUAUAGAAAUGUAUACAAUAUGGAAUAUUUAUAUUAUUUAGCAACACCAUUCCCUCUUUGGGCGCUAUUAGAGAAAUGAAACUUUAUUAAGUUUACACGGAGGGUUUUCUAUCUAUUUAUUUAUUUAUAGAGCUUAUUUUAAACAACUGCAGUUAUCUUGCUGGGCAGUACUGUGGCUGUACGUUUAAUUAUUUUAGUGGCAGCAUGUAGCUUGGUAAUUUAUUUUCCAUCUAUGCUGUUGCUGAAGUUAAGAAGAAUCCAUUUAAUCGGCACCCAAACAGUCACUCUUCCAGCUUAGGUAGGUGUAAGAUGAAUGAUUGACUGUUACCUGCGCAAGCAUACUUGGAUGCAAAAAGCCUACUCGAGCUGCUUGAAGGCUGCUAUAGCAGCAGAUUGCUACCCUGGAUUUUCAUCAGGAAGCCCACUUGGGCACAUCUCCACAUUUCAUUACCUCCAUUAAGUGGCCCAGUCCUGCCAGCAGCCACGGUCCCUGCUGGUGCAAGUUUGGGUUGCUGCAGUGUCUCAAGCACAGCUUGCACACCCCAGCAGCUUUCUCAAUGGGCACUGGCCUCUGGUAUCACUUGGCAGUGAGGGCAGAGCACGCUGGGCCCCAGGAGGCAGCUCAGCAGCGAGCAGCAGCAGGCAGCCAGCCGCGGGGAGCAGCACGCCGCAGCGCGUGGCGCCCUGAGCAGUGCCUGCCCUUGGGUUGGUCGGGAAAGGCCUAAAAGGGCUGUGAUCAUAACCUAACCCCUUCAAAUCUUCAUCUCCGUGAAAAGUCCUUUCAGGGGAGAUGGCUCCUCAAAUUUCAACUAAAAGCCCAAGAGUAAUGAAGACAGAUGACCACAGGAUGGAAGUACGGGUGUUUACAGUGGUUUGUGCCAAUUAAAAGGAUCCUUAAUUCAUCAGAGUAUUUAUUAAGAUGAUUUUUCCGUGUGUACAGAUUUUUGGUAACCUGAAUCCUCAUGCCAUGUUUACAAAUACGAACAUCUUGUUGAUGUUACUGAAGAGAUUUGUUUUCUCAAGCAACAGAAAGAAUAGAUGAGACAAGUCUGCGUAAAUUAUUUUUAAAUGCUCAUAACAGAUGUAAAUUGUUUUUGUGGAAGGUGAUUUUUACAGUAUGUGUAUAAAGAUUUGUGAAAAAUGUUUUUCAUUUUUAUAACUAUGACUGUAAGCAGAACCGAGUAUUAAAAGGCAGUGUAUCACUAUGAUUACUGCUGCAAUAAGCACCCGAGUUGCAAUAUUUUUAAAGCAGAAGAGGACCAGUCAGUCAGAUCAGGUAACGACAGGUGUCAUACAUCUGCCGGUGCACAGAGUCCCCGAAAGUAGCGGAGCAAAGAAAGAAUAUUAUUCCUCACUUUUAUUUUAACUAGUGGAUGUGGAACUAUCAGAUAUAUGUUCAAAGUUUCUCAGCACUGUUUCGAUAGGAAGUCACAAUGUAAAGUCAGUUCGGGUAUUUAGGUUGUACUGACAUUUUAGUAUUUGUUUACCUCUGUCACAAGGCCACACUUGGCCUUCCACUUGCCAUUGUGUGGUGAAGAGGAUUUGUCAAUUGUGUUGCAUGGGUUUUGGUUGGAUCAUGUGUUACAAGAACUUGCCCAGGAAAACCAUAUCAUAGAAACAACCUUUAGGUUUUUUCCAUUUCCCACAUCCUACUAACAUGAAGAAAUGAUAAUGAAGGUGAUCUUUAGAAGGGAAGUAAAUACAUUAAUAUGUUCCUUUAUCCACUUGACACUGAAAGAAUAUUUUUAUUUUUAAAUGCCUAUCUACUCUAUUAGUCACCAAAGUUAAGUGCAACUACUAGUUCACAGAUGAGAUGUUUAUUUUAUUAUUUAUUGCACCAAAAUCUUGACUGUAAGUGGGGGAGGAAGAGAAAAAAAGAGAGUGAAAGAUGCUGCAUGUUCUUAAACUUUUCAAUUUAAGUUACAGUUACUUGCUGAACAAAUGCUGGGUUAGUUAAUCAGAGAGAAAUUGGAUCGGAUUGUAACCCCGGAUAAAAGUUUUUAGAAUAUAAACAUUCUAAUAAUAAAGAUAUAUUUCUCAGUUA